CACAUAUCUUCUUUCGUUGCCACAACCAGUCCUGUCGUCAAACCUUCGCCACCGGAUAUACACGUCUUUUCUUUUGGUAUAUCUCGUUUUAUUGGUUUCCAGCUUUUGACCACGCCUAUCCUACUCCGCUACGCCAAGAUACCUGGGUGUGUACUCCAGUUAUGAAUCUCUAUCAGGCAUUCUUGUGCAUCGGUCUUUUCAGUCAGCUGAUUGUGGCAAAGCAUGUUCACGACGGGAUGAUGGGGCUAAAUGGCCACAUGGCGCGACAGCGCGACAUCAAUUCGUUCUCCAAGAAUCGCGUUCAAGCAACCAACUUCACGCAGAGCAACGACCUGAAGAGACUGCGUGCGUCGCGCGCCGCUGAUGUCCGCAACGAGUUCAAGCGCAUGUGGGAGGCCUACAGCAAGCAUGCAUUCGGCGCCGACGAGAUCAACCCGCUGACCAUGGAGGCAGUCACGUCGCGCAAUGGAUGGGGCGCAACUAUCAUCGACGCCCUCGACACAAUCUACAUCAUGGGGCUUGACAAGGAGUUUCAGGAUGCAAAGCAGUUUGUCAAGAAGGUCGAUUUUGACCACAACGACGGCGAGCCUUCGAAGGUGUUUGAAACCAAUAUCCGCUACAUUGGUGGGCUGAUUUCGGCCUAUGAGCUGUCAGGAGAUAGGGUCUUCCUCAAGCAGGCUACAGCGCUGGCCGACAAUAUGCUCGAAGCUUUCGACACACCCACCGGCAUCCCAUGGCAGAUGUGGGAUGUUCAGACCAGCAAGGGCAGCUCCGAGAAUGGUCCCUCGACCUACAACAAUCUGGCUGAGGUCGGCACCUACCAGCUCGAGUUCUUCCGCCUCUCCCAGCUGACACACGACCCGUCAUAUCACAAAGCUGCCCAGCGCGUCUAUGAUGUGCUGCUUGCAAGUAAUGAGCCGCAGAAGGGAACUAUCUUCUCAGUGCCUGGCCUCUAUCCGAUCUUCCUCGAUAUCAACACGGGCAAGUUCCUAAGCGGGAAGCCGAACCUGGGCGGCGGCUCUGACUCGUUCUAUGAAUACCUCAUCAAGACGUGGGCGCUGUCUGAUUUUAAGCUGCAGCGUAACCUCGACAUGUGGAGACAAAGCUUGGCGGGCCUCAAAAAGUAUGUCAUGUCUCGUGGUACCGACAAGCUUCUGUACAUGGGCGUGGGUGACGAUGAUGGGUUGGACUCCAUUUCCGACACAUUCACCUGCUUCUUCCCAGGAACAUUGGCCCUGGCCUCCCGUCUGCUCGACGACGAUGACUCCAUGAACAUCGCCCACCAGCUGCUGAUGUCGUCAUACGGUACAUUUGAGCGCAUGCCCACGCACAUUGGCCCCGAGAACUUUGGUUUCCUGCCCGACGGUGACGAUGACAGCGACCUCAACAGCAACCAGCAGGCUGAGAUCAAAAGGUACGGCUUCUACCUGGACCGGCCGUACUACUUAAUGCGGCCCGAGGUCAUCGAGUCUAUUUUCUACUUCUAUCGAAUCACUGGUGACGAAAAGUAUGCCAACUGGGUCUGGAAGAUCUGGGAGGGCAUCAAAGAGAACUGCGCGGUCGAAGGCGGCUUUGCUGGGCUACGUGAUGUCCGUAUUGGCCGCGAGGGCGGCCUUAUCGGCAAGCAGGAGUCGUUUGUGUUUGCCGAAACCUUCAAGUACAUCUACUUGACAUUCGCCGAGCCCAACGUCAUCUCCUUGGACGAGUACAUCUUCUCUACCGAGGGACACCCAUUCAAGCGCUUCAACUCAUUCAACGGCACCUUCUAACGCACUACUCAUCCGUGUAUUUUGCCCACCCUCAAGUUUUUACCCCCUCCUUCCUUGUUCCCCUCUUCACGUUCCUUGCCUAGCCCUUUCGCACGUUUUUACUUUUUCACAAUCCUUUAAUUCAAACCACCGC